GACCCCAAAGCAACUUCUGGAAUCUUUUGAACCCAAGUUACAACGUAGAGGACAACAUUGCCUUGAGUAAGUGCAUGCCGUGGUGGCUCUCAGAAUGGUGUUGCCACCACCAGACAAGCGGCAUGUGUGUCUUACCACCUUUGUCAUUAUGACUAGUAUGGCCUUCAUGGAUGCCUACCUGGUGGAGCAGAACCAGGGUCCACGAAAGAUUGGCGUCUGCAUAAUUGUCCUAGUAGGAGAUGUCUGCUUUCUCAUAGUCCUCCGCUAUGUGGCGGUUUGGGUGGGAGCGGAGGUGCGGACAGCUCGGCGUGGCUAUGCCAUGAUCCUUUGGUUCCUCUAUAUCUUUGUGCUGGAGAUCAAGCUUUACUUUGUCUUCCAGAACUGUAAGGCAGACCGCAAAAGUUUGGAAACAGUUGCCCGGAAGGCUUUGACUCUGUUGUUGUCCAUCUGUGUGCCAGGUCUUUACCUGGUUCUGGUGGCCCUGGACAACAUGGAAUACGUUCGUACCUUUAGGAGAAAGGAGGACAUGAGGGGUAGGCUCUUUUGGGUGGCUUUGGACUUGCUCGAUCUUUUGGACAUGCAAGCAAACCUUUGGGAACCCCAGCGGACGGGUUUGCCAAUAUGGGCAGAAGGUUUGAUGUUCUUCUACUGCUACAUUUUGUUGCUGAUUCUUCCUUGUGUAUCCUUGAGUGAGAUUAGUGUACAGGGCGACCAGGUGUCUCCCCAGAAAAUGAUGCUUUAUCCUCUCCUCAGUCUAGUCACAAUCAACAUUGUGACAAUCCUUAUACGCGGCGUCAACAUGGUGCUCUUUCAGGACAGCCGGGUUUCCUCCAUCUUCGUCGGCAAGAACGUGGUGGCGAUCGCAACCAAGGCAUGUACCUUCCUCGAGUAUCGAAGGCAGUUGCGGGAAUUCCCCACUCGGGAGAAUGCAAUGGGCAUUCCCAUGGAAGUCCAGCAGAACUCUGUGGGACAUGGAAAAGCUUUACCAAACACUACAAGCAUCCCACACGAACCUACUCCAGGGCGAGAGAUUAUGGAUACAUGACCAAGGAACCAAAGUUAACCCAUUAACCAAGGCUUCCAUUUAUCAAACUUGGAACAAACAAGGAGCAUUCAAACUUCUAGAUAUAAACUGAGACCUGAUGAACUGCUAUGGGGAAAUUUGAUAAAGAUUAAAAGUUUUACCAUUAUGGGUGCUCCUUCCUGAAAUGGACCAAAUCAAAUGACAGACAUAUCAGCUAAGAAUGAGCUGAAUUGUUCACGGGAAAACAUUCAGUGUUUUAUAAUUAGUUUUCCCUAACUAAGCUACAGUUGACAAUGACAAACCUUGUUAAGAACCAAGUGUUUUUUCUUUUUUUCUUAUAGUAGCAAAACUGCAGUGGUGCAAAUUAUAUUUGAGACCAAACAUCAGAUAUUUGCCUUACUUAAAGGAAAAGUUAUCCCACAAAAUGACAUUUCUGUCAUCAUUUACUCACUCCCAUGUUGUUCGUAUAUGAAUUUCUUUCUUCUGUGGAACACAAAUGGAGAUGUAAGGCAAAUUAGGUAGAAUGUUAGCCUCGGGCCAUGUCCACACUAGUCCAUUUUUGCUUGAAAACGCAACGAUUUUGCUACAUUUACGCCUCUUAUCCACACUGGAGCGUCGUUUUCUUCAUACCGAAAACAGAGACUUUCCAUAACCACAUACUUUGAAAAUUAAUGACGUUAGGAAACUGAAAACUGAGUUUAGUGUGUACGUAGCCUCAGUCACUUUCACUUUCAUUGUAUGGAAAAAGAUGCAAUAAAAAGUAAAUGGUGACUGAGGCUUUUUGACAAGUUUGAAAUACAUGAUGAGGGAACUGAUGACAGAAUUUUUAAUUUUGGGUGAACUAGAGCGAUGGUAACUGUGAAGUAAGUUCUAGUCAGGUCAGGAACUGAAAUAAAGAACUAGUCAGGUAAGGUUGAUGUUUAAGACUAAAUUCAGGGGAGUAGUCCUACAUGCUUGCAGUAUGUGUUUGCAUUUGUAUUUUAUGGAGUUAUGUGUUGACAUUAAAGAAAUGAGAAUAUAUAAAAGAUCAUGGUAACUGUGUAAGAUGACCUUUAUUGAAUAUUUCGCUGUACAGUCCCUCAGAAAAAGU